UGCCGCUGGCUGGCGUAUGUCACGCCUGAUGGGAUCGCUCUAGCGCUGAAAAACAACGGUGAGGUGCAUGCAGCAGUCUGGUGCCGUUGCUGCCACGGCCGCCGGCGAAAAUCGGCUCCUCUCCGCGCUUUUCCGACCGUAUAAGGACUGGAAGUUUCGUUUUCCCAUUUGGGUUUCGGUCAGAAACUGCAUGUCUUCCAAACCAGAGAAAAAGAAAAGUAAAAGUCGGCGGCGGGCUCCAGGGCAGCCGGCGUUGAAACGGGCAGCAUCGGAGAGCUGUCCAUGCGCCGGCGAGGAGGCAGGCGCCCUCGAACGGAGGUCGUUGCGCUCGCACACCAGUCUGCGAUGCUCCCUUUGCGGCUCGGUGGUGUGUCGCGCCUGCAGCAGGGUGGUGCGACCUUCGGCCCGCAUCCGACUCUGCGGCACCUGCUAUCAGCACAGGGAUUUGUCCAAUCCGAGUGGAGAGUGGUUUUACCGACAGCUGCAAACUAAAUUUCACGAUGUGAUUCCUUCUUCCUCAAGUGAAAACUCAAUUGAUGCUAGUCUCGAAGUGAGGGAGUUCAUAGAACGUCUCACUGAAAACUUGGUAGGAGGAUCUGUAGAUGAUGUCACGGUUGAACCACUCUCCAGCCAAAUCGAAUAUGAGCAACUGUGCUCGGAAUUUCAUCCAAAAGUUCAAGAUGCUCUCACUCGUUUAUCGGGAGCACUGCAAGUAGCAAUUACAGAUUUGUCAACUGUAAAACUGGGCAUUGGCGAGUCACCAAGUGAAAUACACGUCCAAUUGAAAAAACUCGUGUCCGAAAUGAGAGCCAAAUCGUACGAGCUGCCUCUUUUGGAAAUGGACACGUUCUUGGAUCAGGAAGGCGGUAGUCCGCUGCGAAAAAAGUCGCCAAUCGACUUCAGCCAGAGGACCUACGAGGACCUUUUGAGUACUGCUAUAAUAAAUAAGAUUGUUGAAGGUGGCCAGUGUGCUCUGAUGGAGCAACACCUGAGGACUCCAGCGUGCAAUAGCUGCAACAACGACAAAACCCGGUUUAUCACUUGCUUGAAGAUUGGGGUUAAAGACACCAGGAACUCCGCAAAAGGAAAACCAGCGUCAAGGACCAACAGUACUGCCCAAUCGAGACGAAAGCUCCAAAGAGUUUCAAAGCAGGAGGAAGUCGAUAGCUGGAGCUCCACCGAAGACACAGACGAAGAUGAAUUCACCGACGAAGGAAACGAAACUCCGACCCCAAAGAAAAAAUCAUGCACUCACAGCAAACAAAGCGAAAUGGCCAAAUUUUUCGACGGGCUUAAAUACAGCACUAGGGUCCCAUUUCCGGAGCUGGGAGCGGACAUUGUGGAAGGCUCUGUCCAAGACUCCAUGCUCGAUGACACAGCGCGCUCAACUUUGUACCUGGUCCACAGUGACUCGCAUCACUCAUCUCUCUCUUCAGCAUCUUGGGAAGAAAAUUGGCUUUUCCAAAAAAAGAGAUUAAACUUCCGCUCAACCAACCGAGGUGAGCGAAUGGGGCGCGUCCCAAUGUUGGUGCCCAACCCGAAACAUGAGCACCAGAACGUGAGAGCGAAAAUUGGAGACACUGACGCGGACCAGCUCUCUUCUGACCUUUCAGACUACGAGAGUUACAUGAGCAGAGAGGAAGAAACGACGAGCUUCGAGGGUGACAACGAACCUUCCUCAUUCGAGUCGGCAGACAGACAGGAAGCCGAUUCAAAACUUCCACCUGACUUUUUAAUCGAAGCUACUAACCAGGAAAUGCAGGGAACCGUCGUGGGAACCACCCUUAUUUUGGCUCCUCCCUCGGCUAACGGCACGGAGAGUCAUGAGUUUGACCAGCAAGAAGGGGAAUAUUUGGAAGACUUUGCUUCCGUCGGCCACAGAAGCUUCUACAGUUUGCACGGAGACUCCAACGAGAACAGCAUGCCAAGCACUCCGACUAGCGAAUCGCUCUCCAAAGCCAAAAGCGUGCCUGACAUACUAGAGUCGGCGAAAAACGCCAUAUCCGCUUCACCGACACCAUCUGCCAGGGAAGAGCAGGUCGGCGCUAACGACGAACACCUGUUCAAGCCGCCAAUGCCUGGCACACUUGCCGAGCGUGAGCAUCUCAAGUGGCAGCAGGCAAGACCCAUUCCCAAUAAUCCAUAUUCGGAGGAGAACAUCGUCAAAAGAUUGCACGAACGAAAAAGGAGCUCUGCGUUCACCACGCCUAUCUCUUCCAACCACUCAAACGUCCCAGUCGAAGCACCGCAGCCGACUGAGCCGGAGGAAGAUUUGAGAAUCGUUUGCACAGGCGACGGCGUCAGGGACAUCAAAAAGUACCGCAGGGAUUAUUAUAUAAAUUUGCAAGAGAGCCAAAGGAAAGAGAUGGAACAAGCGGGAGAGAAUGGCAGUGAGGUGCCUUCGUCGCAACCCAGCAGCGUUGUUGAAGAGGCUCCAGCUACCCUUAGUGAGCCAUCACUAUAUGGCAGCACCGACGACCUCCUCAGCGAAAUCGAAAGUUUGCGCAUGCCGUCCGUCAAAGAGCUGAGCAAACAGUUUGACAUUUUGGCACCCAGAGCAAUCGAGAGGAGACAGAAAGGAAAAGGACAUAAGUUUGACAAGGAUGUUAUAAUAAUCGAGAGCACACCUUCGCUUACUCCAGCACCACCGGUGCACAGUUUGACAGCAAGAAGUUUGUCGAGUAAUGUGCGAGCAAGUCUACAAGGCGACGUGGUUGACGCACCCAAACCUGCUGCUCGCCACCUUGCCAAUUUGGAAUUUUGGCGUCAGCAGCAAGCCCCCAUCCCUGCACCCCGGAGAAAAUAACCACUCGAACCCUGUCUUGCAAUGCAGGCAAAGUCAAGGGCCAGAACUAGGGUUGGUUUUGUCAACCGGAGUGAGGUUGAUUUUGUAAAUUUUGUAUUUAAAUUCAUACAAAAUUAUACAUAGAUAAAUGAUAUGUACUGCAUGUAACUGAUAAAAGAUGUGAUAUUUAAGUUUGACUAUCUUUCUAUGCUUAGCGGUCUCAUAUGGAUUUAUAUAUCCGUUCCGUACCAUUAAAUAAAGGCCUUGUGUGCCAAUUAAUAAUUCUUCUUGUUUA